ACCCCUCCUGCCUCUCAGCGCCCGGUAGGGGCGGAGCGCGGUGUCCCCGUCCCCGCCCGCGCCGCCCCGGUCGUUAUGGAAGCAGCAACCUCUGUCGCCAUGAACCUGUCCGUGACCGGGAGGGCUCUGUCCCCGCUCCCCGGGGCCGCCCGCCGCGCACGCGGCGCUCCCGGCAGGACCUUCGACUGCCUUUACGACCCUCUGUACACACUAUCAACUGAGAAGAAACAUUCAAAGUCAAGUGUCCAUGUUCAAUUUGUCAGUGAUAAAGCGGUAAAGACAUCAGUGUUCAGAAGUACGCUUAUUAGCUUGACCAGUGUCCAGGGCUACAGUCUGUGCUUAGAGGGCAAAGAUCCAGUGCCUCCAUUUAUUGACCGAAGAUGGGGAGGGAGCACUCAGCAAUGCCUGGAAGCUCUUCAGCAGCUUGCUGUACCUCAACCUUCUCUUCAAGUACCUCAAGUUGUGUAUGGAGAUCCUGAAGUGAAUGGAAGGAAUCGCUACAAAUAUUUUGCACGACCUCUCGUCUCUUCUAAUAAGCUACUUCCACUAGAUGUUGCUUAUGCAAUGGCAGCACUAGAGCACUAUGUCUAUUCAGAUGCAAGCGACAGCAAGGUCUUUGGUCCCGAGUUGCGAACUGUGGGCACACAGACAGAUUACAGAGAUGGUGAAGCGCAGACAGACCCCUAUUCUCCUGAAUAUGUAGUUCUUGGUGGCUCGUUCCACGAACUUCUGACACUUGCUACUCUCACCUGGGGUCGGGGACUACCAGCAGGACUAGCCGAGGUCGAGAUGAUUGAACGUGCCCGGGAAAAACGUGCAUGGGAAGCAGCUCUUCCACCCAUGAAUGAUGCCUCACAAAUCACGAAGAGGAGGAAAAUGAUGGCUGCUAUGGAGAGAAAGGAGUGGGCCUUUAGAGAACAGGAAAUAGAAAAAUUGCAGGAGGUUCAAAUGAAAGUCUUAAAGAAGCUGCUGGAGAAGCAGCAGAAGAAUCAGAAUGAGCUGUAUAGCAAGCGCUUGGAUGACCACUGGCAAAAGCAUCAGAAGGCUAAAGAAGAGAAAUUUAAAAAGAUUCAGCAUGACUGUGCACUGAUGCUCAGGAAACUGGUAGCUAAGAGGAAGAAUGUGAUCGGGAAGCUGGAGAGGAGAGAUAUCAUCAAAGAGUACACUGACUUUUCAUCACAAACAUAUGCACCUUUGUCAAGAAUUGGGUUUUUCCCAGACAACCAUUCUGAACGCUAUGUGGUAAAAAAUUUCUAUAUUAACACCUUUGCAGGGCUAUGUGAACUGGAAGCAUCUCUUCCAGAUUCUGUCACCCAGGUCAAGAUUAAAGCACCAAAACCUAAGUACAUUACCACAGGAUAUAUUAGAAGAUCAGCAAGGCUAGAGGUGGAGCUGGCCCAGGUUCAUGAGGCACUGCUAAAGAAGAAGAAAGUCAAGGAGCCAAAGAAGCCCCUCCAUGUACUUGAAAAAGUAGAAAAGCCUGUUCCUCAUCCACCGACUCCAAUCUUGGAAAAAAAAUCAAUUGAGGAAGAGGAAAAAGAACUGGCAGUGAUCUGUCUGCAGAAGUUGCUCCGAGGCAGGGCUAUUCAGAACAUGAUGUUUGAAGAGAAGGAGAAGCGGCUGGAUCUGAUCCGAGAGCUGCGCACCACUCAUGCACUCCAGGAGGAUAAACAGCUGCUCUUGAAGGCAGAGAAGCAAAUGACACUGGCUCUACAGCAGCAGCGUGACUUGCAAAUGCACAAGCUGUCAUCAGUGGAAAAACACUUGGCCAGGGAAGAAGGAAGAGUACUGGCAAACAUAUUUGAUUUCCUGUCCAAAGAGCUGGUGAGGCUGCAAGAAGAACGGAAGAUCCAUGCUUUUGUCAUGCUGGCUGAGAGGCAGAGGCGGAUGCGGGAAGCAGAGGAGAGCGGACGUCGACAGGAGGAAGAGAGGCAGCGUCAGGAAGACGAUGAGAUUUUCAGACAGAUGGUGAAAGUGCACCAGAGUUCUAUUGACUCCUACUUGGAAGACAUUAUCCUCAGUAGCAUGGAAAACACAGCUGAAGAACAAGCCAGGAAAGAGAUUCAGAGAAUGGCUGUAGAAAUCAAUGACAUUGCUUAUGAAAUGGAAAGUCGUCGAACUCGCCUGCAGUCAGAAGAGAUUGUAGCAGAGCUGGUUUAUAAUUUCCUGAUUCCAGAAGCUGAGAAAAUGUCUGUCAGAGAAAAAGUGAGGCAGUCCCAAAGAAAACACACCUAUGCUGCUCAUCGGAUCAUCCACAGCGGCACAGAGGGGGUACUUGCUGAUCUGGCACUACAUCAGCAGACAUCUGUUGGCAAGAUAAAGGAAGAUCCUCCUGCUGGGACAGCAAGUGCUGCUUUGAGUGGGACAGCUGCUGGACCAAGUGCAUCUGACAGCACUUCCUCUGCCCUAGCUGUACAUGAACUAGCUAAACUUCAAUGCAAAGAAAGCCCAGGAGAGACAGCAGUGGAACCUUCAGAAGGAUCAGACAAGGAUCCUACAGCCUCUUAGAGACAGAUGAGACAGGGCACGCAAAAUAGAAAAUCCUCUCUCUCCCUUGGGUUAUCACUCCUGUUGCCUGGCAGCAAUUUUAUCCUAGAACCACCCUGUAUACAUUUUGAUGUGGCAGCCCCAGUCUAGCCUCUUCCACCUUCUUCCCAUCUAGCUUUGGACCUCAUUAGCUAAUUUUCCUCUUCUAAUCAUUAUGAUAAGUUUGAGAGUAAGAAAGCAGUGUUAGCAUUCCUUGUUUGUUUCCCUGGCACAAACCGAUUAAGAGCCACACCUGGAUUUUUAAUGGUAUUUCCUUGUAUCAAUAACAUUAAAUGAAAAACCGUUCCAGCAGUGGGAAGUUUUGAGUUCAGACUGUACACAGAGUCUUUUCGCAAGCAUGUCCCACCGAUUUCCUUAGUGGAGUAGAGCAAAGAGUGGCUUUCUGCAUUAUUAGCACCGCUGUUAAUAAAGCAUUGAAAUUGAUCUUGCAUCACCUUUUCAGAUAAUUAGUCCUCGCAUAAGGAAAGGAUCCACCUCAAUAGAGUGGAUCCUGCCAACCAGGCUGUGUCUUCUGCUAAUUACUAGGGGCAGGUGACAGCAGAGUGGCACGGUGGGGGCUGAUGUCGCUCGUAAAGGAAGCCAUUAGCCAGUGCUUACGGAUUUUCUAGAACUGUUACCCUCUGGACUGACCUCUUGCUUUCUUAUCAUCCCAAAGGAGAACAAUUCUGGAAAGAGUCUUAUUUUUCUUAGAACAGCAUUAGUCACUCUGGCUUUCCAGCUCCAGAGGACUAUGCAGAAAGGAUGCUGUCUUUGCCUUGUUUACAAGCAUAGGGGUGCUCCAGCUAACAGUGUCAGAAAGCAGCGGGCUGCAGACAGGCGCAGCGCCUCUGAUCAGAGAUCUGUCAGAGACUUGCUCUGCUCUCCAGCACUCACGUGUCAAAAUUCCUGAGGCCUGGGGGUUUAGCAUCUGAAAGGUACAUUUACACCAAUACCAACAUCAAACACACCAGUUUAUGGAGGAGCAGGCACAGCCUAAACACCACACUCAAAACACUUUACUGAGGGAUGGCUACAGCUUGUGCAACAAACAGCAGUGUUAGCCCUCAGUGCUAACGUGAUUAUGAGCUGAUCUCUCUGUACUUCCAUCGUUUCUCCAUAACUGAUGGCCCAAUUCUUUGUGCUGGGUCUGUAGAGCCCCAGGUACACUCCAGUGAAUUAAUCCUGAACGUAGCACUGCUCCUUCCAUAACCACAAACCAGCAGCUGUCAAAAAUGUGGGCUCAUUAGUGCAUUCCCGGAAAAAUUUUGCAUCAGGUUUCUGUUUUUUUGAUUCAGAUGGGAAGGGGUGUUGUCAGGGAGGAUUGAGAGAUAGAGGAGGAAAAAAAAUCUGAAUACCCCUGUAUUCCACUGAGCUGGAUAAGAACCAGAGAGAGGAAACAGAGCUGCACUAAGAAAGUACUGCUGGUCUCUAGGUGACUGAAACGGGCACCAGGUGGCUGGUGGGGUCAGGUAGCUCUGCAAGUGCUGCAGAAUCCAGCAGGAGUCAGAGAUGAGUGGUGAGUUUUGGUUAAGAGUGUGAGGGUGGUCCCUUAGGAGUUGGGGAUUUGGGAACAUUCUCAUAGCGUACAUAGCCAGUUGGUAAAAGGGAAGGUAGCAAAUGCAAAAACAGAAACACUCUCCACAGUGUGGGAGGAGAAGAUGGGUAGGGAUCAGCUCUUCUUCCUUAGGGCACCCUAGACAAAUUUAGCCUGGCUGAAAGAGGGGAGAUAACAUGAAUCACAGGAUCCAGGUUAAUAAGGGAUACAUGGAAAACGAUGCAGCGGAAAGACAGAACAGGAAGAUCAGGCAUUCAGGCAUUUACUAUAUUUCUGAGAUGGUGUGUCAAAAUAAACAUUCUCCAUGUGGUUCAUUGUACAAUUUGGCAUGGUUUUAAGAAGAUAAGAAGAAUUCUAACAAGUGUGGGAACAGAGGUUGGUUGUCCCUGGUUUUCUGCAGGGAUACAGCCCUCUGCACGACAGUGAGGGAGCAGGGGACUCCAGAUGCUAUGCACACGCUGAGCGAUAAAUAUCUUGGCUUCUGAUAUGAUUUAAGGGACACUGUCCGGGUAAAGCCGUCUUUUCCAUAUAAUAUUUCCUAGCAUGUAAACUGAAGGCCACAGCAGGAUUCCUGCAGGAAACUGCUCUAGAAACUGCUUUCA